AUGCUUUCUAUCUCUACUCGCCUCACCUCCUCGCAGUGGGACCUAGUGGUAAACCACAUUGAGGAGGUUUUUCGCGUCUGUCUAUUCCCUCUGCACACCCUCACCACAGUUCACGAGACCACCGCGCGACGCUCACCCACCUCCGUGCCUGUAGGGGACACCAGCGGCCUACAGGUGUCCAACUUGCGCCCGGUGACCACAGCUUCGGAGAGCGAGGGACGCGAUCGUUUGCGCCAGUUGACCCUGCAUAUUUUCCAGUUGAAUGAACAGCGUCAGGUGUACGUGGAGGAUGCAUUUGCCGAUGGGGCAGACUGGGUGCCAUCCUCGGAAGAUGCUGACGGCAGCGUGGCCCCUUCACAGACCCACACGUUUGACCUCUCCGUGUAUCCUCUGUCUACGUGCUCGCUGGAACGGCCCCCUGUUGAAACGUAG